AUGUGUUGCAUUGGAGAUAGCCCCAUGAAAUUGGGUAGGUGUAUUGACCCUGAAGUCAAAAUCGUUGAUAUUUCCGUCCACCAACAUAAUAUCCUGCAUCCCCACUUUCCCCUGUCACCUACCGACCAGCGUCCGCACCAAAAGGAUGGCCACCCCCAGACGUACACCAGGAUACCCAUUUCUAGCUUAUCAGUAGUAUCAUCACUUGGUUUUUGUCAGGUUCAUUAUUGGUGCAAUGCUGCACAUGCCUAUAUAUCGCAAUAUGACAUCAUCAUCAUGAUCACUUUGAUCCUUCAAGGCUUCACGCACAUACCUGAUUUUGUAUCUCCAAUGCAACACAUUACAGAGAUUUGA